AUGGCAUUCACCGAGCUCCUGGAGCGAGCAGGGGGAGUGGGCCUCUUCCAGGCCCUGCAGGUCUUCACUCUCCUCCUUCCCUCCAUGUUGGUGCCCUCCCAACUGCUGAUGGAGAACUUCUCGGCCGCCGUGCCCAGCCACCGAUGCUGGGUACCCCUCCUGGACAACAGCACUGCCCAGGCCAGUGUCCCCGGGGCCCUGGGCCCCAAGGACCUCCUGACCGUCUCCAUCCCCCCGGGCCCCAACCAUGAGCCCCAUCAGUGUCGCCGCUUCCGCCAACCACAGUGGCAGCUCCUGGACCCCAACGCCACGGCCACCAACUGGAGCGAGGCUGCCACAGAGCCGUGCAUGGACGGCUGGGUCUACGACCGCAGCACCUUCACCUCCACCAUCGUCUCCAAGUGGGACCUAGUGUGUGACUACCAGAGCCUGAAACCCCUGGGCCAGUCCAUCUACAUGGCCGGCGUCCUGCUGGGGUCCAUCUCCUGGGGCCUCCUCUCUGACCGGUUCGGGCGGAAGCCGGCGCUGAGCUGGUGCUCCCUGCAGGUGGCUUUGGCCAACACCAGCACCGUCUUUGCUUCCAAUUUCCUCAUCUACUGUGGCCUCCGGUUCCUGAGCGCUUUUGGAGUGGCCGGCAUCAUCAUGACCCCGGUGACGCUCAUGGUGGAGUGGACCACAACCCGCAGGAGGGCCGUCACCAUAACAAUGCUGGGAUGCUCCUAUAGCCUGGGCCAGAUGACCCUGGGGGCCCUGGCCUUCACCCUGCGGGACUGGCGGGCUCUCCAGCUGGCCGUGUCGAUGCCCUUCUUUGCCAUCUUCCUGAUCUCCUGGUGGCUGCCGGAGUCUGCCCGAUGGCUGAUUAUUGUGGGCAAACCGGAACAAGCGCUCCAGGAGCUCAAAAAGGUGGCCAGGAUAAACGGCCACAAGGAAGCCACAAAGUCACUGACCAUCGAGGUGCUCAUGACCAGCAUGCAGGAGGAGGAGGAGGGGGCCUCUAAGAAGGCCCGCAGGUCGGUGCUGGACCUGUUUCUCAUGCCCGUGCUCCGCUGGAGAAGCUGCAGCAUGUUCCUGGUGAGCUUCUCACAAAUGAUCUCCUACUACGGGCUGGUCCUCGACCUGCAAAACCUGGGGAGUGACAUCUUCCUCCUCCAGGUCCUCUUCGGAGCUGUGGACUUACUGGGCCGGGCCACCACCACUUUCUUGUUCAGCUUCUUGGGCCACCGCACGACCCUGGCCAGCUUCCAGAUCAUGGCUGGCCUCUCCAUCCUGGCCAACAUACUGGUCCCACAAGAUUUGCAGACCCUGCGCUUGGUCUUCGCCGUGCUGGGAAAAGGAUGCUUUGGCAUAAGCUUAACCUCUAUCUCUGUCUACAAGCCCGAACUCUACCCAACUGCGCUGCGGAUGACAGCAGAUGGCUUCCUGCAGUCGGCAGGUCGUCUGGGGGCUGUGACGGGGCCCCUAAUCAGGAUGACUCGCCCGGCCGUGCCCCUGCUGGCCCCCGUCUCCUACGGUGUCAUCCCCAUCGCUUCCAGCCUCAUCCUCCUGCUCUUUCUCCCGGAGACCAAGGGGCUUCCACUUCCUGACACCAUCCAGGACCUGGAGAGCCAGAAAUCGGCAGCAGCCAAGGGCAAGCAGCAAGAGGUGGCCAUUACAGAGAGUACCUGGUUCUAG